CCUCUUAUUUAAAUAUAAUUUCUUGUGUAAGGAAAGUUUGAGAUAACUUAUUAAUAAAUUAAGAUCUCUAAUUCCCUAAUGGCUGGGACAUUAAUUCGGACCCUUUUUAACAAUUUAUCAAUUUAUGGUACAAAUACGGCUAAUUUGAGGACAAUACAUACUUCUUCAUUAUAUUACGCUGCACGUAAAGGUACCAGAGCUAAGGCCCGUGCAAAGAAAGUGAAAGUUGAGAUCACUAAAGUUGGAUUCAUUCCUCAUAAUCAAAGAAAGAAAGAUAAGACCUCCAAGACCUCUAUUAACAAGCAUUUAGAUGACAGCUUUAAAAGAGUCUCCAAUGACAAUGUAUUCCCGAUGCGUUACUACCGUUGGGUUGUGUACACGGCUGAAGAUGCAGUCAAAGCCCACCAGGAGACCCACCACCCCACAAUGUACAAUCUCCCAGAUGCUUUAGUAUAUGCUAAGGUUGAAAUGAAUAUGGAAGCUGUUAAAAAGAAUCGUUAUAUGGACUCCUUUACACGUCUGACUCUGUUGCCUCACUCAUUCCCUCGGGAUGAAGAGCGUACUAUCCUAGCAUUCUGCAAAGGUCCGGAGCUUAUAAAGCAAGCAUUAGAAGCAGGAGCCACAACUGUUGGUGCCAAUGAAAUUGUUAAGAAAAUACAGGAUGGUGAAAUAAAACUAGCCGAUUACGAUUUUGUGAUUGCCCACCCUAAUAUGAUAACUGAAUUGGUACCAAUCCGUGGCCUAAUGAAGCGGCGGUUUCCUAAUGUACGUAAUGGUACACUAGAUCCAAAUAUCUGUGAUUUAGUCAAGAAAUUUGCAGCAGGUAUACAAUACAGAGUGACCAAGGAUGAAAAGCAAGAAAACUUUGGCUCGGUGGAAGUACCAGUUGGGAGGUUAAAUAUGGAUGCUAAACAAGUUGCUGAAAACAUUGAUGCUUUCCUCAAAGAUAUCCAGUCUGUGAGGCCAAAGAGAGAUGGACUGUUUAUUACAAGAUGUUUUAUCGUGAGCCCACCAUCAACAGAAGUUUUUAAAAUCGAUCCAUUUGUUCACGUUGACCGCACCUUGUCAAAAGAAGUUCAAGAAGACAGUGACGACGAAGGUGAAGCUGUGGCGGCUACUGCUUAGUAAUUAAAAAUUAAUUUAAAUGAAAAAUGUA